CCCAUUCAUAAAAAUAGGAGUAACUAAAAUAUUUACAAAUAUUAUCAUAUAAUAAUAAUUUAAUAAAUUUAAGGUUCCAUUUGGGCUUUUUCCUUAAAAUAAAAAUAAUAAAUCUCUCGUUAUCUGUAAAUCUAUUUCUCUCUCUUUCACACAAUUAUAAAACACAUAAAAUAUUUACAUAGACGGUCACCGUGACUUCUCCUCCGUGCGUUCGCCACCGUCAAUCGCCGUCGUCGAUUUGUUUACUCUCGCAUCUGUUUUGAUGCUGUAAUUGUCUCUCCUAGGGUUUGGAAUUUGAAGAGAUUGUUGAUAAUAUUAUAUAUAUAUAUUUAAUUUUAUCUUUUGCCCUAAUUUCUUGGAUUGAUAUAACUGGAGAAAGAGAUUAGGGAGAGAGAUUGGGGAGAGAGAUAGGUGUGGGCGGGGGUUAGAGGAUAAUGUGUAUACUCUGCGUAAUUCAGAAGUGGUCGAGACGAAUUGCUACCAUGCUUCCAUGGUUAGUGAUUCCACUUAUUGGACUAUGGGCACUGUCUCAGUUGCUGCCUCCAGCUUUUCGGUUUGAGAUUACGUCUCCCAGGUUGGCUUGUGUGUUUGUGCUUCUGGUCACAUUGUUUUGGUAUGAGAUUUUGAUGCCACAGCUGUCGGCGUGGCGUGUACGUAGGAAUGCUAGGCUUAGGGAGAAGAAGAGGUUUGAGGCUAUUGAGUUGCAGAAACUUAGGAAGACAGCUACCAGGAGGUGCAGGAAUUGUUUGACUCCGUAUAGGGAGCAGAACCCGGGUGGUGGAAAGUUUAUGUGUUCAUAUUGUGGGCAUAUUUCGAAGAGACCGGUGUUGGAUUUGCCUGUGCCGCCGGGGUUGGGGAUAUCAAAUAGUGGGAUUUUGAAAGAUUUGGUAGGGAAGAGUGGGAGGAUGCUGAAUGAGAAGGUUUGGUCGGAUAGUGGUGGUUGGAUGUGUGGUCAUGAUUGGUUAGAUAAUGGAAAUUGGGUUGGUGGAUCUUUUCCUGGCAAGGGUAGGCGGAAGCAUGGUGGACGGAUUUUUUUUGGAGAUGACCAUUGUUUAGCUGAAAAAUCUUAUUCUCAUGCUCUCAUUUUUGCUUGCAGAGCACUGACUGCUUUUUUCUUGAGUAUAAUGUGGGUUUGGAGAAAGAUAUUUAGAGUCGGGACAUCCGGAGAUGAUGCAUCAGUUGACGCAGAGCGCAGGAAAAUGGCUAAUAGAGGUGAGAAUGGUUCAAAUUUUCAAGAGAGUAGAGUAGAAAAAGCUCGCAGGAAAGCUGAAGAGAAGCGACAAGCUAAACUGACGAAGGAACAGUGGGAUGAAGAAGAUAGGAAGCAAAGAGAGGAAGUUGCUAGGUUAAUAGAAGAACGUAGGAGAUCAAGAGAUGAGAAGACAGAUGCUGAAAAAGAUUGUAGAAAAGGGGCAACUCCUUCUAAGGAAAAAGUUGUUAAAAAAGAAACAGAAAAGAAGCGACAUGAAAGAAAGACUGAAAGAGACAGAGGAUCUAGUAAAAGCAACUCAGAUGCCGAGGAGCUGGAAAGAAGGGCAGGUAGAGAUAGUGAAAAGAUUAGGAAGUGUGAGAAUGAUCGUAGAAAUCAUCAGAGAUCUAUGGUACAUACCGCAAAGUCUUUUAACAAUGAUAUCAAUAAGGGUGCUCUGACAAACAAUUAUAGCCGUGAACUUGCUGGAACGAAAAACCUUGAUAAUUUGAAGAGCGCAUUCCUGUACCCUUCAAGAGCAGCUGGAGGUAAUUCCUAUGGAAAGGGUACCAUAAAUUCUGUAGCUGCAUACAAGUCUAAUGUUUAUGGCGAUCGUUACCAAACUUCUGUAACUAAAAGAGAAACAUCUCAGCCGGAGCGUUCAUUGCCGAAACUGAAUGUCGGUAGUGAAGAUAAGAACGUCAGCCAUCCUGUGCCUGUUGAACCUCAACCAUAUGAGGCCCCAAAGAAUCCAUGGCUUAUUCGUUCAGCAACUGUUCCUGCACCCUCUGAUUCGUCAGUAAUAAGCAAACCAAAUGGAAAGUCUCAAUCAGAAAUUACGAGUCCCUCAUUUUUAAAUCACAUAGGUACAACGCAACAAUAUGACAAUCCUAUUAAUUUCGGGUUGCCAUCCCCGUUUCCUUUAUCUACUAAUUCCUGUGGGUCAAUAAGCAGUAGUAUAGGUAUUGAGAUGUCAGCUGAAUCUAAUUUGCCUUUGUUUGGAGAAGCUCUUCCUGAAUAUUUACCAGAGGAGUCUGACAUAUUUGAAGACCCGUGCUAUGUUCCUGAUCCAGUAUCCCUGCUGGGGCCAGUUUCAGAGUCUCUUGAUGAUUUUCAGUUAGACCUUGGCUUUGUAACGGACAUGGAACUGGAGAAGCCUCACCCUAUAAAAAGUACACCCAUAUCUUCUGAAGCUAUUUGGCCAUCACCAAUUGAAUCUCCAUUAUCUCGUUUAAGACUACAUGAUGAAAGGCAUGCUGCUCCUCCUUUCCCAACUACCCCUAAAGCUCAGGAUGUGCAGAAUACUCAUAUAAAUGGUUCGUGCAAUGGAAAUGAGAAUGGAACAUGGCAGAUGUGGAAUACUUCUCCUCUCGGUCAGGAUGGAGGUUUACUAGGUGGUCGAGCAAGUUGGCUUUUGUCACCAGACUCAAUCAGAUCAAACAAGGAAAACGUUGCAAGCCCCUUUCAUCAGAAAACCAUGGCCUCACUUUUUAAAAGCGAUGAGCCAAUCCGUUCUGGUGCUCCACAGAACCUUUUACCCGGAAGUUAUCAUAAUGGAAGGACAUAUGGUAACUCGAUCUCUGGUUGUACUGAUGAUCCAUGGUUGCCGGAAACUUUGUUUGGACCGGCAUUGGGUAGAGAAGACAAUUUUUCUAUGAACCCAAAGGAAGUAAUUAUUCAGAAUGAGCCGAUCUGUAAGAGCCCAAACGGGUCUGCAACUAAUGAUCCCUUUGAGCUUUCUCUAGCUGAUCGUUGGCGCGAUGUGGAUUGGACGUUGCAGAACACAGGUGUAAGCACAAGCAAUAACUCCUCCGUGGUCACAAGGUCUCCUGUUGGUGGUGUACACUCUAGCUUGGAUGUACAAUCAAUUUGGUCAUAUGAUUAAAAAGGAUGUUAAAAGGAUAAGGAGAACUAAUAGUGGACUUGUUAAAUAUACUUCCUGUUCAGAAGAAAGGAAAAAGGUUUCCUCUUUUGUCUGGGAUUUAGAAUACUGGAUCCAAUAUAUCGUCCUUGAGUUUAUCAGGGAAGGUUUACUUGCAAUAGCAUAUAUGACUUGCUAGUGCAAGGCAUGUGCUAGGAGGCAGUAGGUAACAUAUCAAGCUUUUUUGGUAUAAUAUCUUGGUCCGUCUUCCUUGAAAA